AUGUUGAAUCCAAAUGCUCAAGCAAAACCCUUCAAGAUUGCUGUGCCUUCCCAUGAAAGCAGUGAUGAAGACGACGUUCCACUAGCCCAACGCAAUCGCACUGCAGCACCCUCGAAACCCGCACCCAUGAAUCAGGAGAGCAGUGAUGAUGAGGACGACAAACCUCUCUCUCAAAAAGUGGAGUGUAAAAAGCGCGUUGGUGAAACUAAAGCAGACCAGAAUAGCGAUGACGAUGUCCCAUUGUCCAAGCGAGUUGCGCUCAAUGCUCGCAAGCCAGCCUCCUCGUCAGCCACUAAACCCAUCAAGCAAGAGAUUAAGAGUGAUAGCGACGAUGAAGUGCCUCUGGCCCAGAAAAAGGUAGCAUUAAAAAAGGUUAAAGCCGAGCCAAUGGAUGUAGACAGACUUAGUAGAAAACGUCCAGCAGAUACCAAAGCAACGCCAGUAAAGCGCGAGAAGAAGGUGAAGAAAGAUGCUGAAGAUCCUGAUUUCUACAAAUGGUGGGAGGAGGAGCAAACUACUGAAAUCGAAUCUGAUGACUCUGUAAAAUGGACUACGCUUCAACAUAGCGGUGUCAUGUUUCCUCCAGAGUAUGUUCCUCAUGGUGUCAAGAUGAAGUACGAUGGUCAGCCUAUCACACUGAGUCCUGAAGCUGAAGAAGUCGCUUCUUUCUUUGCUGCCUUGUUGGAAACAGAGCAUGGCCAAAACCCUGUAUUUCAAAAGAAUUUCUUUGAAGAUUGGCAAGAAGUGUUGAAGAAGGAUCCCAAGAACCCUAAAAUCAAGGAAUUCAGCAAGUGUGAUUUCAGGCCUAUCUGGAACAAGUUUGAACAAGACAAGGAAAAGAAAAAGGCAAUGACCAAGGAAGAAAAGCUCAAAGCCAAGGAGGAGAAGACAAAAGCUGAAGAGCCUUAUCUUUAUGCUCUUGUCGAUGGUCGCAAGGAAAAGGUCGGUAAUUUCAGAAUCGAGCCUCCAGGCUUGUUCCGUGGCAGAGGCAGCCAUCCCAAGACGGGUAGACUCAAGAAGCGUGUCCAGCCUGAGCAAGUGACUCUCAAUUUGGGUGUCGAUGCAAAGAUUCCUGAGCCUCCCAAGGGCCACAAAUGGGCUUCUGUUGUUCACGAUCAAACUGCCACGUGGCUAGCUACCUGGAAGGAGAAUGUCAAUGGUGCCAUCAAGUACGUCUUCUUGGCUGCUACUUCAACUUGGAAAGGUCAAAGUGAUAUGCAAAAGUUUGAAAAAGCGAGAGAGCUGAAGAAACAUGUUGCAAAGAUCCGUAGCGAUUACAAUAGAGAUUUGAAGGAUAAGUUGAGUGAAGUCCGUCAACGUGCCACUGCCAUGUACUUGAUUGAUAGACUUGCCCUGAGAGCUGGUAACGAAAAGGGUGAAGAUGAAGCUGAUACUGUUGGUUGUUGUUCUCUUCGCUACGAACAUAUUACAUUGGAGCCUGACAAUAUUUUGCACUUUGAUUUUUUGGGUAAAGAUUCCAUUCGAUACCAGAACUCUGUUCAGGUGGAACCUCAAGUGUACAAGAACAUCAAGAUCUUCAAGAAGCAAGUGGGAGAGGGACAAAUGAUCUUUGAUCGAUUGACAACUGCUGGCCUCAACAAGCAUCUGAAUAGCUACAUGAAGGGCCUCUCUGCCAAGGUGUUCCGUACCUAUAACGCAUCCAUCACCUUCCAGCAACAAGUGGAUGAGCUCACCAAACCCGAUGACUCAGUCGCUGAUAAACUUUUAUCAUACAACCGUGCUAAUCGUCAAGUGGCUGUCUUAUGUAACCAUCAGAAAUCCGCAUCCAAAACACAUGACCAGAUGAUUUCCAAGAUUGGUGAUCGUAUUCGAGCGCUCAAAUAUCAACGCAUGAAGCUUCGAAAGCAGUUGUACGCCUUGGAUCCUAAAAUGAAGAAGAAGCCCGAAUACGCAGAGAUAGAAUCUGAUCUUGAAGACGAAUGGAUUGUGGAACAUGAGAAGAAUUUGGUGGAGAAGGAAAAGGAAAAGAUCAAAUCAAAGUUUGAAAAGCAAAACGACAAGCUGAUUGCAGAGAAACAGCCUCGUAUGCCUCAAUCUGAACUAAAAGAAAAAUUGAAGGCUGCUACUGAACUCCAAGAUCGCUUGAAGAAAGAACGUAAACUAGCAAAGAUUGAACCAAGAGCAAGCAUGACUGUAGAAAAGUUGAUUGCUGCUAUCCAAAAGAUUGAUGAACGCAUUGCAGCUACAAAGAACCAAGCAACGGAUAAAGAGGAGAAUAAGGAAAUUGCAUUGGGCACUUCUAAAUUGAAUUACAUUGACCCUCGCAUCACUGUUGCUUGGUGUAGAAAGCAUGAUGUCCCUCAGGAGAAGGUAUUUAGUAAAACCUUGUUGGAGAAGUUUAGAUGGGCACAAACGAUUCCUGAUGACUGGAAAUUUUAA